CACAAAAUAAAUAGAGAAAGAAGGAGAAAUCAGAAAGCCCUAAAGGAAGAAGAGGUGAAAUGGGAACACCAGAGACAUCAAGAGAACCAUGUCCAGAUCGCAUCCUUGACGACAUAGGAGGAGCCUUCGGCAUGGGAGCAGUGGGUGGAUCAGCCUUUCACUUCCUCAAAGGACUCUACAACGCGCCAAAGGGCUCUCGAGUCAUCGCCGCCUCCCAAGCUGUUCGCCUCAACGCCCCUCGCGUCGGCGGAAGCUUCGCCGUGUGGGGGGGUCUCUUCUCCACCUUCGACUGCACCAUGGUCUACCUCCGCCAGAAAGAGGAUCCCUGGAACUCCAUCUUUGCCGGCGCCGCCACCGGCGGAUUCCUGUCCAUGCGCCAGGGAUUUACCGCCUCCGCUCGCUCUGCCGCGUUCGGCGGCGUUCUCUUGGCUCUCAUUGAAGGCGCCGGCAUCAUGCUCAACAAGUUCCUCAGCGCACAGCAACCCAUGCCUAUCAUCGUUGACGACCCCAGCGGGUUCCCGGGUCAACCCGGAGCCCAACCCGUUCCUCCGCCUGCCUCGGGUUCUGCAUCACCGUCUUGGUUCGGUGGGUGGUUCGGUGACGGUAAGAAGGAGGAUGCUGCGCCCGGGGGAGGAAGCGAGACCAAGGUUUUGGAGAGCUUUGAUUCCCCUCCCGUGCCCAAUUUCGAGUACAAGUGAAAAUUGCCUUGGGUGAAAAGGUAGAUUUGCUUGCUUGAAUACUGAAAGCCCCUGAUAGUUCUAACGGGUAUGGUGCUGAAUGAGAGUAAAAUUUCUCUUUUAGCUUUGGAGUAUGAUGAUGCUUUUAUGGAGAGGAAAGUAGGAAGGGAAUUGUUCCCCUUGGUUGAUAUUGCGUUCCAAAAUCUUGUGUGCAGAAUUAUCCUAGGUCACAUCAUAGUUUUGUUCUAUUUACUGCGGCUUUUAUUCUACAUAAUGUAUUUUGCGCACUGUUCUAUGUUGGGAAUUUUGAUCAUGGAUUUCGAUUCUAUAGUUGUCGGUUAUUCUGCAGUACCUCCAUUCUUCUGCUUGAUAAUAGUGAAUUACUCUCUAUCCUCUUGAUCUGGUUUAAAAGACAGUGCUUCCCAAACUUGUUUGGAAUAUACAUGUAACUCCGCUUGUC